UUGAGGCGUUUUACUAUUUAACUUAAUGGUUUUGCAAUAUUUAAAAAAAAAAAUCAUAACAUGUCACCACGUAAAAUGUGAUUUAGUUUAAAUUAUAUUAUAGGUAGGUAUAUCUAGUGCGUUUGGUUAUAAUAUAAUAAAAAUGGAAGUCGUGGAUUAAAAAUAGUUCAGCAAAGCAGACUUUUCAUUUACCUCGUCGUUUUAACAAAGUGUUUUUUUUUUUAAAUGUGGAAGACAAUAAUUGAAGAAUAUGUAAGUCUUUUUUUAAUAUGAGGUCGUGCAUUCAGUGCGUCAGGAUAGUUGAUCCGAAUAAGACGCUCGUGUUUCAAGUUUAAGGAAUUCAGAUCACCGAACACGGGAACUUGACUUGGAUAAAUUAAGAUGGUGGCUUUGACGCUAUUAGUGGUUAUAUUUUCUUUGGUAACGACGACACUGCAGGGCGCUCGGAUUCAACGAUUGGAUCUCACCCCAAAUAGAGCCGGUCGAACAGUCUCAUGCACUACGAAAAAUAAUAUGCAGGGGGUAUGUGUUCAUGAAUCUGUUUGUAAUGAAGAACACACGAUAUUGCCUGGAGGUGUGAUAGACGAUAGUGAUUUUAGAGAAAAAAGGCCAUGCGCAUCCCAAGGUGAUUGGUGCUGUACUUCAGGCGUGAUUCCUCAUCCACAGAUUGGUGCUGCCCAUAGUGAUAAAUGUAUUGCACCAGAAAACGAUGUGUGUCCUUGGUGCGUUUUACUUUACAAUGUUGUGGAUGUAAAGCCGAUAGCACAUCGUCCUUUCUGCCUGGGAGCUCUUAUCGGGUCGAAAGUCAUCAUCACGGCAUCAACUUGUCUUUUGGCAGCUCAGAAGAAAAUGCUGUACGCUCAAGUACCGAACUCUGCUAACCCUGGGAAAAACUAUACUAUAAUUCGUCGACAGUUUCAUCCGGAUUAUAACAGCGGUUCACACGAGUACGAUUUUGGCAUAGUCGUUAUGGAAAAUGACGUGGCCUUCGACAAGGGGAAGUCCCGAGGGGCCUGUAUCGAUUUCCAGAAACCAUUGGAAGGCGAUUGUUUGGGAUAUGGGUUCGAUAGUAACGGGAAAAUUACUUCGACAAUUUUGAAAGUGAAGAGAAGCAGUUGCAGUAAAAACGGUAGCUCAAUAGAUGCUGCGUGUGGUGUAAACGUGGAUAGCGUGUGUAUCGUGGCUCAAGGAGGUCCCGUGCUUUGCCCAAAAAAUAGUCGGGAUCUAUAUCUCGUAGGCCUAGCUCGCGGUGUAUGCAACAAUGACGACCAAGUGACCCUUGGUGGCAUUUCCCACUCUAUGAAAUGGAUAGAAGAAGAACUUGAAUUAAUGAAUAUAAGUAAAGAUGUGUACACAUAGGAUGCAAUUUAUUAUUUUCUGAUGCGAAAUUAAAUCCACACAGUCGUAUGACUUUGUAGGAAGACCUAACUCUCAAAAACAGCCAAGAGCCGACAGAGCCGCAAAAGGCAUAGGCUGAAAAAAAGUUCAGUCCAAAUUUUGGUUACGGUAACCAAUCUUAAUGGAGACUAGCCUACUACGCAGGAAAUAGUUAUUAUAGUGCUCUAGUUAUAGGUAUGUGAGCAAACAGUAAAACAACUACUUGAGUAUGCCCGCGACUUCGUUCGCGUGGAUUUAGGUUUUUAAAGAUCCCGUGGGAACUGUUUGAUUUUCCGGGAUAAAAAG